UUUUUAUUUCUCUUUCUUGUAGGUGUGAUCUCUCCCAUACCCGUCCGACGUUCUAUCUCUUCUGCUAAAGGGAAAGAGAAGAUGAUAGCCGAUCGUGAUUCGGCGGAGCAAACCCGCAAAAAGCGCAAAGGAAAUGAUGGCGAUCACCUGAUCCCGAUCGACCAUGUGGUUGACUUGACCGGGCCGGAGGUCGAGCCCAAAAGAUCAGUGCCUGCCAACAAACAAACUCCGGUUCUUGCUGCCACACUGAUCGAUGAUCGGAUGUUUGUUGAAUUUUCAAACAUGGGGCCUAGAUCAGAGGGGAGGUAUCUGUUCGGGCUGAUGCCAUCCUCUAUGUGGUGUCAUACUGCGAUCAAGGUUCCCCCGAGCUUCACUAAUUUGACUCACUGGUCAAACCUUUUCGAAGCAGGUCACCAGGAAGCACUCAAGGCUGGCGUGUAUUAUCACAAGGCCUUUCUUGCUGCUGAGAAGGAGAUGAAAGCCCUGGCCAGCGAUCGGGAUGACAGCCAGGUCCUCCUUUCCGCCGCUCGGAAGUUAGCGACCGACCUCCAAGAGCAGGCCAAAGAGGGUGAGAAGGCAAAAGCUGCUCUGGACGAGAUGCAGGAGAUGUCCCGUCGUCGCGACCGGGAACUUAAAGAACUCCGGGCCAAGGUGCGGGCUGCUGAAUCUGCUGGCAUUAAAUUUGAUAAGGCUGUUGGAGAUCAUCUGCCCGAACCCUACACGGUUAAUACUUCUCAGAUCGCUCAGCAAUCGGUAGUGGAUUUUCAACGGGGCAAGGCGCUGAACGUCGCUCUGGAGAACACGGCCCGGCAAUUCCUAGGUCCUCACCUUGGCCAAUUUCUGCGUGAGAGCUCAGAUCCUCUCAAGGCAGGGAUCGACCUCCUGGACAGCACGCCGGAAGGGAAAUCUUUCUUGGAUGUCCUGACCGAGAAAACCGUAAAGCAAAG